AUGGUCAAGUUCACUGCGGGAUUCGCUCUCGCCUCGGUGCUCUCUUUGGCGAACGCCACUGACUUCAAGGUUCGCGUGAGGAACCUGACCUACUUGCAGCCCUUUUCGCCCAUGUUCGUCGUGGCGCACACCAACGACGUGGCCGUUUUCAAGGAGGGAUUUCCGGCUAGCGAUGCCGUGAAACUGAUGGCGGAGGAUGGUGAUAACUCCGCGCUCGUGGAGCUUGUGGCCUCCGCCGACGUGGCCCCGUACAUCUGCGGUUCCGUAGCGGGGGACGCCCCGGUCUUCCCUGGAGAGACGUGGAGGGGAACGCUGACCAUCGACGAGAGCGUCUGCCCCGACCCGGUCUACAGCGUCGUCAGCAUGCUCAGUACCGAGUCCAACAACGAGCUGUGCACCCACAUUCCUGGCCCUGCUUGCCCGGCCGACAGCGGCAACAUGGAGGACGGACCCGGCGAAGAAUUCAUCCACGUGCACCGCGGCUUCCACGGGGUGGGCCCGGACCUGGGCGAGGCCAACUACGACUGGCGCAACCCGGUCGCCGAGGUCUUCAUCGCCCGCCAGUAG